AAGCAGUUCGGUAGAUAGGCAAUUCGGCAGCAUAAUACUCUCCCGUUUCCUAUAUCCCGUAGCACAAUUUAGGAUCUCUGCGGGUAGAAUCAAUCACCAUCUGCAGCAGCACACCAGAUCAGAGAGACUACCCGGCAGUGAACAUGGCUUUCAACAUCGACAAAACAAUCGAGCGUCUUCUUGAGGCCCGGUUCUCAACGCCCUUCAAGACCGUCGAGCUCAAGGAGGCCGAGAUCCGCGAACUGUGCACGCGCGCUCGCGCCCUGCUACUCUCUCAGCCCAUGCUGCUGGAGCUGGAUGCGCCCAUCAAGAUCUGCGGUGACAUCCACGGCCAAUAUACGGACCUGUUGCGCCUGUUCGAGUUCGCAGGCUAUCCCACGCAGCACAACUACCUGUUCCUGGGUGACUACGUUGACCGCGGCCGGCAGCAGAUAGAAACAAUCUGCCUGCUGCUCGCCUUCAAGGUUAAGUUCCCGCGCACAUUCUUCAUGCUCCGUGGGAACCACGAGGAUAAGGCCAUCAAUGAACAGUGGGGCUUUAUGGAAGAGUGCAAACAGCGCUACAAUAUGGGUGUUUAUAACGAAUUCAACAGCACCUUCCAGAAUUUGCCGAUCGCGGCGAUCGUGGGCGAUAGCAUCUUCUGUGCACACGGUGGUAUAUCCCCCAAGCUGACCAACAUGGAUCAGAUCCGGAAUAUUAAGCGACCGCUGCCUGUCCCUAGAUCUGCUGGAACACCACACGAAGUCAUGCUUGACCUCCUCUGGUCAGAUCCACACCCCGGGACAAAACUGUUCGCGCCAAAUUCGGACCGUAACGUGUCUGUUUUUAUUGGACCAGACCUGAUCGAUCAGUUCCUGAAACGCUUCAACUUGCAGCUGAUCGUGAGAGCCCACCAGGUGGUUAUGAACGGGUAUGAGUUCUUUGCGGAUCGCAAGUUGGUCACGGUGUUCUCCGCACCGAACUAUACUGGCGCCUACGACAACGCUGGAGCUGUAAUGGUUGUAGAUAAAGACUUGAAGUGCACAUUCCAGAUCAUGCAGCCCUCCCAUAAGAGCACCACCUUGGAAGCGGCCAAGGACGCUAUCCAGGCACUCAGAGCCUCAGCCUCGGGCAGCUGAUGACAUCAUCAUGUGGCAUGCAGUCCCCCGUGAACAGCGCGACAUCUAUGAUUGUAUUGUUAUUGUACACAGUCCUGUUGCUCUACCGGACUAACUCCAGAGCAAAGUCUUUUUCCUACUCCUACUACUAUACAUCGUAGAUUCGUGGGACCCUGGACCACCCAACUACACCUGUAAGCAAUAGCUCAAGGGCUCUUCCUAUGACUUAUGCGCAGUCGAUACACUCAAUUUGCCACAGUAUCUAGCUCUCGAACCCUAGCACAAUCGUUACCAUGCCUACCACUAUGGCCUUUUACUACGAAAUAGGCUCGACACAGAACACUUUGGAGUCUGACGUUUUUCUUGUUCUCACCUUGAAGUUGAACUCUCGAAUAUUUCGUUCACGAUCAUUCACCUGUUAUAUCUGGGCUAGACUUGAAUUAUUUGAAUUCGCAGCCACUUAACAUGUCUGCAUAAUGAAAAUUCCUCUGGUCCGGAAUUUUCGUCUUCAA